ACCGCAUCAAACAUCUUAAAUCGUUAUCACCAAAACCUCGAUAUUAGCAAAAGAUUUGUGUGCAGCAAGCGUUCAUGUUUCAAAGAUCUUUCUCCAAGAUUGAAGACGACAGAAAUAUGGAAAACCAUGGAAAUAAACGAAAGAAGAACCAUUGGUCACCACUCUUCGAUCUACUGCGGGAUUUCUGUGGCUACACAAGUUGGGGUGGAUUGGGCAGAGUGGUUGGAACUAAGUUUGUGGUGUUCAAAGUAUUAUGGGUAUUGAUAUUUUUAGCUGCGCUUGGAAUAUCGGUUUACCAGCUUAUACCGCUGUUCUACAAGUACCGUAGUCGACCGAUCAACACCAGAAUAUCAUUACGUCAUAACGCGACGCUCGAAUUUCCAAGUGUCGUGUUUUGUAACUUCAACAUGAUUCGUAAAUCGCAUAUUCAUAAGCUUCCUGAGAGUAUCAAAGAAGUGUUGAGUGAAUACAUAGGAGGUUAG